UUUCAAAAAUACUGGAUGGGAUGCGGUGACUUCCUGCGCACCGGCAGGGUUUCGCAACCUGCCUUUACAGCCAGGGGUUACAUUUGCGGUGCUGUAGGUAAAACAUGCCUACUCAUCAGUUACACAACCAAUGCUUUUCCUGGAGAAUACAUCCCCACUGUCUUUGACAACUACUCUGCUAAUGUAAUGGUGGAUGGAAAACCAGUGAACCUGGGUUUAUGGGAUACAGCUGGACAAGAGGACUAUGACAGAUUACGUCCAUUAUCGUAUCCGCAAACAGUUGGAGGGACCAGUGGUAAGAAUGUAACUUCCAGUCUGAAAGAUCAACCUAUUUCCGAUGUGUUCUUAAUCUGCUUUUCACUUGUGAGUCCUGCUUCCUUUGAAAAUGUCCGUGCUAAGUGGUAUCCUGAGGUGCGGCACCAUUGCCCCAACACCCCCAUCAUCUUAGUAGGUACCAAACUUGAUCUCAGAGAUGAUAAAGACACUAUUGAAAAACUGAAGGAAAAGAAAUUGACUCCAAUCACCUACCCACAGGGGCUUGCCAUGGCAAAAGAGAUUGGUGCAGUGAAAUACCUAGAAUGCUCAGCACUUACACAGCGAGGCCUCAAGACAGUGUUUGAUGAAGCUAUUCGAGCAGUUCUUUGCCCCCCUCCUGUAAAGAAGAGGAAGAGAAAAUGCCUGCUGCUGUAAAUGUCACCCUCCCUGCCCCCACUCCAAACCCCAUGUGCUUUGCUCAAACAAUGGAGCAUUCACAUUCAAUGCCAAGUUUUUUCUGUUAUAAAUUUGUUCUUUCAUGACAUUUUUGAACCAAUCAACAAUUUCAGUUUCACUUGUUUUAAAGUAUGAGAAUUGCUUUUCAUUCUACUAAAAGUGAAAUCUUAAAAGACCUAUGUAAAGCCUUAUUUUUAAAGUCCUAUUGUUGCUCAGAUUAAUCAAUUGUUGCCAAACUAUCUGCUGAACUAGGUUGCAUUGUUGUGCUAUGAACACUAAGCACUAAACUGUUUUGAAGACGUCUGUCUUUAAGAAGACUCUAAUGUCCAUUAGGAAAUGCAAAAACUCUCGUUUUUCACAGAGAAGUAACAGUACAGUAUCCUUAGCAAAAUGUUGCUAAUGCAUUCAUUAAACACUUUCUCAACCCAGGGUUGUUGCAUAGCAUUGUGUAUCAAACCUAAAUGAGUACAAGAAUUGAUAUUAUGACUGACCACCUUGAGUCACAGUAAAAAAUGCUUUGUCACUGGUAAGGGCUCAGUUGCAAUUUAGUUCUUACUACUACAAUUAAAUAUAAACAUUCUUAAUUGAAGUUUAUCUAGUCCUUUUGAUAGCAUUGUAUUGUGAUGGAUAGGUGAAGGACUGGUUGGAGAUCAAAUGAGGUUGCCAGGCAGUAUUUGACACUGUACAGAUCAAUUUAUACACUACAUUGUCAGAGUAGUUGAAAACUGAAUAGACACUUGUCACAGAAAAACCAGUAAACUUCUAUCACAGAUAUGCAGUAGAUGAAGAGAGGUUGGUGUUCAUAGGUAAGUUCUGGAUUUCUUUUCAAGUAGGGCAUUCACUUGAUGAUGUUUUUGAACUGGUCAUUCCCACAACUGUUGAACUUAGAAAAAUGCUUUUCUUGUAGAAUCUCUUCUUACUGAGCAAUAUAACUUGUAUUUUAAAAUCUUUGAGUGAUAGAAUUUGCAUUUUUUUUUGGUAGAUUAGUUGAAGCAUAUUCUUAUUUUCCUUUUCUGAUCCAGUAAUUUUUGUGCUUUUGGAGGAGCUUUCUUUAGUCUUCUAUAUACUAGAUGUAAAAAUCAAGUGAGCAGCUUUCCAAGUUUUAGUAACUUUUUUAUACUUUAGACUUCCUUAAACUAUGAACCUUCUCAAGCAUCACUGUUUGCCAGGUAUCCCAGCACUGUAAUGUUACUAAUGCUGACAAUUGUCCUUUACCUCACCUACAUGUACAUGUGCAUCGAUUUAUUUAGUAAUGGUAACUUGGGUCUGUGAGGUUCUGUAAACUAGUGCUAGUGCUAACAAUGUUCUGUACAUUCUAAACACUGGCAAGAAUACAAUGUUGAACUCCACCCUUUCAACCACUAGAGCAAAAUUUAAAAAUCAAGUUGCAAAAUUGUGAAGUUUUUACAUUGAUCUUUUGCUAAUGCAAUUAGCAGUAUGUUUUGCAUGUAUGACUUAAUAAAUUCUUGAAUCAUG